AUGCAGGAGCCGGUCAAAGCUCGUCAUCCACAGCUCUUGUAUGAGUCCAAGCUUUACAAGAUACUGCAAGGCGGCGUUGGAAUACCCAAUCUGCGUUGGUAUGGAAUUGAGGGCGAGUACAAUGUCAUGGUUAUCGACUUGCUGGGACCAAGCCUUGAGGACCUGUUCAACUUCUGCGGAAGGAAGUUCAGCGUGAAGACGGUGCUGAUGCUUGCGGAUCAGAUGAUCUCCCGCGUGGAAUACCUGCAUUCACGGAGUUUCAUCCAUCGCGACAUUAAGCCAGAUAACUUCCUUAUGGGGCUCGGCAAACGUGCCAAUCAAGUGAACAUCAUCGACUUCGGCCUCGCUAAAAAAUAUCGGGAUCCCAAGACGCACCAGCACAUCCCAUACUGCGAAAAUAAGAACUUGACUGGGACGGCGCGGUACGCUAGCGUGAACACGCACAUGGGCAUUGAGCAGAGCCGGCGUGACGACCUCGAGUCGUUGGGUUACGUCUUCAUGUACUUCCUGCGGGGAAGCUUACCCUGGCAAGGGUUGCAAGCAGCUACAAAGAAGCAGAAGUACGAGAAAAUCAGCGAAAAGAAGAUGAAAACCCCUUUCGAGGUGCUGUGCAAGGGUUUUCCCCAGGAGUUCGUGUUAUACUUCCAGUACGUGCGCGCUCAGCGGUUCGACGAGAAACCCGACUAUUCGUACCUCAGGCGGCUCUUCCGUGAUCUAUUUGCGAAAGAGGGCUGGACCUGGGACUACGUCUUUGAUUGGACGAUCCUCAAGUACCAGCGGUCCGCAAACGGCGCGGUGGAGCGGCCGGUGGCGCUGCCGGAUGCCACAGCAGCGCGGCCAUCGGGGCUGUUGGAGAGCGCAGAGGCGGGCGGCUCACGCGUGCGGCGGUGA